UUUGUGCAGUAUAGCUGGAAUCAGAUCGAUCUGCAACAAGAAAGUCUGUCAUGAUCAUGAUCUCAGAGACUUGGCUCACCUUGUGGAAGAAUUAACGUUGCAAGUGUUUUAGUUGUCAUCUCACAGAAGAAAUAAUCAACUUUUCAUUUUUCAAUACCAUCGAUUAUUCAAAAAAGAAACAAUGGGGGAGGCUGUUCUUGGUGCAUUCCUCCAGGUGCUGCUUGAGAAGUUGGCGGAUCAAGAGAUCACUGAGUACUUCGGACGCCUUAUGGUCGACAAAAAGGUGCUGGAGAAAUGGACUAGUACGUUGAAGGCCAUUGAAGCGGUGCUGAGUGAUGCUGAGGAGAAGCAACUAACACAAGGAGCAGUAAAAGAGUGGCUGGAUGAUCUCAGAGAUUUGGCUUACGAUGUUCAAGAUGUAUUGGACAUAUUUGAUACUAAAAUGCUGAAGCGGAAGAUAGAAAGACAACAAGGAAGCAAAAGCAAGAUAUGGAGCUCACUCUCUAAAGUUAAGUCCAAUUUUGGUCUGAACUCAGCAAUCAAGAAGUUAAGUGAUCGACUUGAGCAGAUAACCACUCGACAGAAGCAUUUUGGUUUGAAGGAACUUGGAGUGUCUAAAAAGCCAUGGAAAAUGCCACCCAGUACUACAUCUCAACUGCUAGAUGGACCUGUGAUCGGAAGGGAUGAAGCAAAGACUAAGAUUCUUAAUGAUGUGCUCUUAGAAAGCGAACAUAGUACCAGCAAUUUUCAUAACUUUCGUGUGGUUUCCAUUGUUGGUACGGGUGGACUAGGAAAGACAACACUUGCUAAAGAUGUCUUCAACGAUGCUGCAACUGAACAAUUUCGCCCAAAGGGAUGGGUGUCUGUGUCCGAUGACUUCGACCUUCUAAGGGUGACAACUGCAGUUCUUGAAUCUGUCACCUCAGGUUCUGUGAAGGAAUCUAAAGAGCUCAAUUCGGUUUUGGUAAAGUUGAGUGAGGAAUUGGCUGGCAAGAAGUUUUUGAUUGUUCUAGAUGAUGUCUGGAAUACAUGCAACUACGAUCAAUGGACAAAAUUGCAGUCGGCUUUUCGUGUUGGAGCAGUAGGAAGCAAGAUCAUUGUGACGACGCGUGAUGCGAAUAUGCAAUUGGUCUUUUAUUGGAUGGCUGAGGGCUUGAUUCAGCAGCAACCAGAAGAAAACAAACAAAUGGAAGAUUUGGGACGUGACAAUUUUCAAGAGUUGGUGUCCAGGUCAUUAUUUCAAAAAUCAAGCAAAACAGAGUCGAAAUACAUAAUGCAUGACCUGGUUACUGAUUUGGCACGUUGGGCUGCAGGAAGCUCAUGUUCUAGAUUGGAGGAUAUGCAGAAUUAUGACUCGCAACAUAGAUGUUUGCCCAAGGUUCGUCAUUCAUCUUACAUUCCUGGUUGGUGUGACGGGGUUAAGAAGUUUGAGGUCUAUUCUGAAGCUACAUGUUUGCGGACGUUCUUACCACUUUCACUUUCAAAUUAUAACCAUUUGGCUCAUAAGGUUUCUUCUGACUUAUUGCCCAAACUUCAAUACUUACGAUUGCUCUCUUUAAAUGGAUACCAAAUACGCGAGUUGCCAAAUACAAUUGGUGAACUGAAGCAUCUACGGUAUCUUGAUCUCUCCCACACUUGGAUAAGAAGUUUGCCAGACUCGACAACAACUCUGUACAACUUGCAGACAUUGUUAUUGAAAAGUUGUUCUAUGCUGAAGGCACUGCCCACAAGCAUGAGGAACCUAGUUAAUUUGCGUCAUCUCAACAAUUCAGGUACAAAUUCAUUGGAAGAAAUGCCUCCUGAGCUUGGUCAAUUGACUAACCUCCAAACAUUGCCUGAGUUUGUUAUUGGCAAAGGUAGUGGAUCAGGAGUAAGAGAGAUUGAGUCAUUAUUGCAUCUGCAAGGGACAUUGCACAUCUCAAGACUAGAAAAUGUGAUUUGUGUCGAGGAUGCCAGGAGUGCCAACUUAAAGAGCAAGGAAAGGCUUGAAGCCCUAUUUCUUGAAUGGUCUUCUUCGAGUGUCUCAACAGAAGAUGCAGCAAUUGUGCUUGACAUGUUACAACCUCAUAGCAAGCUCAAAAAGCUCACCAUCAAAGGUUAUGCUGGAUUGAGAUUUUCAACAUGGAUUGGGAAUCCUUCAUUCACUAAAAUGGUGCGGGUAAAGUUAGAAGGUUGUAAUCAUUGUCAAUUCUGGCCACCAUUCGGACAGUUACCUUGUCUCAAAGAACUUUGUAUACAAGAAAUGGAUGCAGUGGAGAGUGUUGGUGUUGAGUUUUAUGGAGAAGGUGACUUGUCGUUUCAUGUUUUAGAGACCCUGGAGUUACAUAAUCUGAAAAAUUGGAAGAAGUGGUAUCCUUGCCAACAAGGUGAGGGUGUUGAAGCUUUAUCUUGCCUGAAAAAGCUUUCCAUCAGGGGCUGCCCCAAAUUGGAGGGUGAUUUACCAGAGAAGCUCGAUUCAUUAGCACAGCUUGAGAUAUAUGGAUGUGAGGAAUUGGUGGUUUCAGUAUCCAAAUAUAAACAGCUUCAUGGAUCAUACAUCAAAAAUUGCAAGAGGGUGGUGUACGACACAAGUACAGUUCAGUUUGACUUACUAGAGAGUUUGACAUUUUCAAAUGUAUCAGAAUUGAGAUUCCAAACAGAGGCGUUCAUGAAAAGCUUGAAAAAUGUUAAAGAGUUGAAGAUCACUGGUUGUGAGGAGCUUACAUGUUGCUUUCAAAAUGAGGAUAGAUUACUGCAACACUUGAUUUCUCUUGGUCGUCUGUACAUCGAAGACAACUCGAUCCUUGUUGAAAAGCUGGGGAAAGAAGCAGAGCAGUUGGUGCAAUUGCAAAUCCUGGAUUGCAAUAUUGAACGUCUGGAAUUAAGCAAGUGUGGAAUGGUGCCUGAAGGAUAUCAUCACCUUAGAUCACUUCAAGAGCUGCACAUAAGUGAAUGUUCAAGUCUUGUUUCUUUUCCGGAUGUUGGUCUGCCACUUUGUCUUCAAGUCAUAGUGAUUAAGGACUGCGAAUCUCUUUCACACUUCGCAAAAUACCAGAUUCAUCUCAGCCUAAAAAGAAUAGAGAUUAAGAAUUGUGGGAAAUUGAAGUCAUUAAUAGAGAAAGAGGAGGAGGUGGGUAACGGUUCUUCUUCUUCUUCUUCUUGUCUUGAGCGUUUGACUAUAGGGAAUUGUCCCUCUUUGAUGGGCUUAUUAUGCAAAGGUCAAUUACCCAGGUCUCUUAAACAGCUUUGGAUAGUGAGUUGUGGACAGCUGGAGCUAAUAACUGAGAGGUUCCUCGAUGACAGCUGCCAACUCGAGUUAAUUUACAUCUGGGACUGCCCAAACCUGAAAUCCUUACCCGAUGGACUGUGCCACCUCACCAAUCUUCAGAGAUUAACUAUUUGGGAUUGUCAAAGUCUUGUUUCAUUGCCGAGAAUGAAUGUGUGGCCAAGAGAGAUACGGAUCGUAAAUUGCGAUAAAUUGGAGGUGGCACAGUUGGCGAGAGACAUGAUGCACACCAGUAAUCUUGAAGUUGUGAGUAUUGAUUACUUUGAAGGUUUGACAACUACAACUUCCUUCCCCACCAACCUAACAUCACUGUCAAUCUGGAAGAUCAAGAACUGUAAGGCGCUGAUGGAAUCUCAAGGGUUGCAGAGACUCGCCUGUUUGAGAGAAUUGAGUCUAUUCGGUGAAGAUGAUGGAAGUCUGGUGUCAUUUCCACCUGCUGCUGAGAAUUCAAAGGAGACGGCGAUACUGCUCCCCAGAUCUCUUGUUAAUUUGAGUAUUGGAUUCUUCCCAAAUCUAAAGAAACUGAGCAAGGGCUUUCAAUUCCUCACCUCUCUUGAAUGGAUUCAGAUCUGGAACUGUCCGAAGCUUACAACCCUUCCAGUGGAGGAAGGCCUGCCUCUUUCACAACUUUAUAUUCGCAGCUGUCCUCUACUCGAACAGAGAUACAAAGGACGAUACCGGCACAAGAUAGCACACAUCCCUCGCGUAGAAAUUAAUGACGAAGUCAUAUAAGAGAAAACCAACACUCCUCGAUCGAGUGGUUUCCAGGUCUCCUAAUGCUCAAAACUGUUGAUCACAUCCUUUUACUCCACAAAAAUAUGAUAUUAAUUAAUUUGUAUAGAAUGCAAUUCCAUUUGUUAUUAUUAGUUCUGUAUCGUACUGCAUGGACAGCUUGCAUUCCAAAUUCAUUUCAAAUAUUGUACUGCAUCUAGUCAUUUCAUUUGGUAUUUCACUAGAUGAUGGCUGCGCGUUGCUGCGGACUACCGCAAUUGC